AUGGCCGCGAAGGGCUCUUUCGCCCAGCGCAUGGCCUCAAUGGCGUCGUCCGUCGAGAACUGGGACGACGACGCCGACUUCGACGGCUCCGCCGACCUGUUUACCCACUCCAUGUCUACUGUCCAGUCCACGUCGUCCCGCGUCUCCGUCCGCUCCGAAUCCAACAUGGGCGACGAUGACUGGCAGGUGCUGCUCGCCCCCAACGACGAGGCCUCUACCAGGAACGCGAUAAACUCUGCAAAGCAAGCCGGCAUCCCCAUCCCCACGAGCGUGCCGUCGUCGGCCCUUCUCGGUGGCGCGAUAAAAAGGCUGGGAAAGAAGAAAUCGAGCCGGAAAAUUGUUGUCGAUGAAGACUGGGCCAACGACCUCGAGCUGCCCACCAACCCCGGCGAGGGCCUCAAGCUGAAGGCACCGAUGCCGCGCACGCCGGCAGACGACAACGAUGGCUUCGACGACGACGACUGGGGCGAGGGCAGCUUGGGCAUCCGCUUUGCAGGCACGAGCAGGCGUGGUCCCCGAAGCUCAUCCGUGUCAGCCAUGAGCCCUAGCAUGGGCAGCAUUGUGACCCUCGAAAGCGAAGACGAUGAGUUGAACGGCCUGGUGCUGCCCCAAGAACCGCUGGACUUCGCAUCCCGGUUGGAGAAGCUUAAGAAGCAUGAGAUAACCCUGCCUUCUCCCGAUACCUCACCCUCGGGAUUCACUCUCCCGAAACGCGCACCGCCGCCUACCUCAGCGCCUGUAUUGGGCCCCCCAGUGGAGUUCACAUCGCCAACUGCACCAGUGUGGUCCUCGCCAAUUGCACCCGAGAGAGAUGUUAGGCAAGAGCCCGAAGAAGAGACCCCUAAACCUCCAGCUCAGCUUGUAGGUGUCGAGGAAGAAGAUGACUUUAUGGACGGGCUGGACAUUGGUGGUGCACAAGUGCUUGACACGAACAAGCUUACGUUGAACCGCAACGUCAAGAUUAAGAAAGCCCCCGCGAAGAUUACGCCGCCACCUGCCGCACGUCCGGCCACCACCUUGACCUUCACCGACAAAGACAAGCCCUCCAUGUCAAAGAUCCCGAGGCCUCUUUCUACCAGCAGUCGCUCACGCCUCACGCCUGUCUACGAGUCAGGUGCUGCGCAAAGCGGAAACAGUCGACAACCGCCCACGACUACAAGCGCUCAGCUCCUACGGGCCAAACGGUCCGCGCCUCUACUCCGGAACAACAACAAUGCUCACCCGGCACGUUCAUCCGUUCCUUUCCUUCCUGCAGGCGGCUCGACGUCCCAAUCUCAUCACGUUAUGGCGAAAUCUUCGUCCCGUGGCCACUUGCGCAGGGACUCAGAUCCACGUCGACCCCAAUCUCCAUCCACGAGGCCGUACUCACGCGGGCCAAUGGACACGCCAAGUAGGAAUGGCAUGCGAAGGGAAUUGGGACCAUCGGCCCUGCCCCGCCAACCCCAGAAGCUCACUUUCCCCAAGGGCCGAAAGCAGAACUUUGGAGAUGGCACCGAGCUUGAAAUCUUCGAUGACUUGCCCACCUCCGCAACUAAAGAAAAGCAGUUCGAGAAAGCACCACGAAACGUGGCUAGCAACAAAACCCUACGGUCGCAAACAAGUGUUUCUAAGCUUCCCAUGCCGGACCGCAUGGCUACACCCAUGCCGCAAACACCUCGGAGUCCCCCUAAAGUUGAUAGUACUCCACGAUUUGCUCGCGACACUGCAGCAAGCCGCAAUGCUCGUGAACAGCGUCUCACUGACAUGCGCACACGAGGCAAUGGCCCUGUGCCGCCGAGCCCCUCGAUCAAUUGGAAGGUGCAUGUAGCGGCUAGGAGUCCGCACACCAGUCCGACUGCCCACCGAAAGAAAGGAUCCGGGGCAAAGCCACAGCUAAUCCGAGGCUUGUUUGAACCAGGUUCACGAACUGAGAAAGGUAUGAUAUAUAACCCGACCAUGCAGCGAUGGGAAGGAAACGAAGAAGCUUUGGCUCCUUUCACCCAUCCCAAUGGGUCUUCUGCCACUUUGAACCUUACGACAGUGAGCACACCAACCUUCUCGCCAAUGCACAAUCCCUUCGGCCAUCCGCAUGAGCGCUCGCACUCCAUCUCUCAUACCGCUUUGUCGAAGAUUCAACUCAAGAACGUCUCGUCUCGUGCAGUCAACGUUGUGCCACGGCCGGCGCCCUCACCGCCGCGUCCUGCACUGAUCUCGCAGAAGACCAUGCCUCGUGGUGUCCAGUAUGAAGGUCGCAUGGUCUUCGACCCUGUCAAGAUGACUUGGCUCAAGGCACCUCGUGAUUCCAACGACCCUCGCUCUCCCUCUGUCGCAGACGAUGACGAAGAAGACCCUUUCGCAGGGCUAGAGGACCUCAAGGACAACGUGAGCGUUGUCGGUGGGCACGGCGACACUGGCACCGGCGCUACUGGUGUCGAAGACACUUCUUUCGUCGGCGAAGAGUUCGAUCUUGGUCCCAGCUUCAUUCGUCGACAGCGGGAAGAAGAAGCCAUUUGGCGCCGCAAGACCGAGAGCUGGGUCAGCACAAUGCGCGACACGGGCGAACACAAGCACGGUUGGAGAUGGGAGUUGCGCAGAAUCGCCAUGCGCGCCUCCGAAGAGAGGUAGUUGCGCCCCUUGCAUUUGCGUUGACCUUUUGGAGAGCAUGCAUUGGAUACGCAUUGUACAGUCAUGAGUUACGACCGCAUCGGCCCACUUUGGGCUCCUGGCGCAUUAUUGGGCGCUCAGCUUGAGCGAAAAGCUAUUUGGGCGUUGAGGAUUUUCUUAUAAGAUAUCCUGAGUGUUAUGUUGGGUGUCUUCUGGCACCUCACUCUAGCGACGCUUUAUGAUUUAUGACUUUCUUGCAUACGAGAGUAUUCGAGAGGAGCAUGUUGCUCUGUAUAGAAACGUCGAUUUUUUGGUUUGAUCAUUUCUCUAUUUGGCGUUACGGUUUGCUUUUCCGGGUAUGGUUGCCUAUGCUCAAUCUUGCUAAUGACUAUAGUAGGGAUUUUUAAUAUGAUG